CCAGCAGGAGAGAGUUCUGAGCUGCAGAGCUGAGCUAUCUAACUGCCUACUGGACAUCUUGCCCAAGGUCACUGUUCUGCCCAUUGCUGCAAAACAGCAAGAGAAAGAAAUCAAGGAGCCACUCCUGUCAUUGCCCAGAUAACCCCACUGGGGUCAAUAGACAGACAGAGUUCCCAGGGGAAAAGCUGCCGACAUCAGAGGAUAAAACACUUUGGACAGCUUUUACCUUAACGUUGACCUGGAAGACUUUGACACCUGGUUACAAGUCAAACCUGAUUCAUGAAAUGGAACUGAAGCUGAAAACUCAUCUACUUCUUUGUCUGUGAAUUGGAGACACGACUGGGAUGGUCUUAAGCGCAUACAACUAGACUCCAACUGCAGCUAUGAGUUCAGACGAGAAGGGCAUAUCCCCUGCUCAUAAAACAUCCACUCCAACCCACAGAAGUGCCUCUUCUUCAACACCCUCCCAUAGGGACAGUCGGCAGAGUAUCCACGUCUUGGAGAGGACUGCUUCCUCCAGCACCGAACCCUCUGUAAGUCGGCAGUUGCUAGAACCGGAGCCUGUCCCCCUCUCCAAGGAAGCUGACAGCUGGGAAAUUAUAGAAGGGCUGAAAAUAGGCCAAACCAAUGUCCAGAGACCAGACAAACAUGAAGGCUUUAUGCUGAAGAAAAGAAAAUGGCCUUUAAAAGGCUGGCACAAGCGGUUUUUUGUCCUGGAUAAUGGCAUGUUAAAGUAUUCCAAGGCACCACUCGAUAUUCAAAAGGGGAAGGUCCAUGGAAGCAUUGAUGUUGGACUCUCGGUCAUGUCAAUUAAAAAGAAAGCUCGGAGAAUAGACCUUGACACAGAAGAGCAUAUCUACCAUUUGAAGGUGAAAUCCCAGGACUGGUUUGAUGCAUGGGUCUCCAAAUUGCGCCAUCAUCGAUUGUAUCGGCAGAAUGAAAUUGUCAGAUCACCAAGAGAUGCUAGUUUUCACAUAUUUCCUUCAACCUCCACAGCUGAAUCCUCACCAGCUGCUAAUGUUUCUGUUGUGGAUGGAAAGGUGCAAGCAAACAGCUUUCCAUGGCAGUCCCCUUUACCGUGCAGCAACAGCCUCCCCGCUACCUGCACGACCGGCCAGAGCAAGGUGGCAGCCUGGUUACAGGACUCGGAAGAAAUGGACAGGUGUGCAGAAGACCUUGCACACUGCCAGUCAAACCUUGUGGAACUUAGCAAACUCCUGCAAAAUUUGGAAAUACUUCAGAGAACCCAGUCAGCACCUAACUUUACUGACAUGCAGGCUAACUGUGUAGAUAUUUCAAAGAAAGACAAGCGGGUCACAAGACGAUGGAGAACAAAAAGUGUCAGCAAAGAUACAAAAAUACAACUGCAGGAAGGGCCAUCUGCGAAGGGCCAGUUCAGCACCACUCGGCGCCGGCAGAGGCUAGCGGCAGCAGUGGCUACAACAGUCCCUUUCAGUGCUACCAUGUCGCCAGUUCGCUUGCAUUCCUCCAACCCCAACCUGUGUGCAGAUAUCGAGUUUCAGACUCCCCCUAGUCACCUCACAGACCCUCUGGAAAGCUCAACGGAUUAUACAAAGCUUCAAGAAGAAUUUUGUCUAAUUGCACAGAAAGUGCAUUCUCUUUUGAAGUCUGCAUUUAAUAGCAUAGCUAUAGAGAAGGAGAAGCUUAAGCAAAUAGUUUCGGAACAGGAUCAUAAUAAAGGCCACAGCACGCAAGUGGCACGGCUCCGGCAGUCACUGUCUCAGGCACUCAACCAGAAUGCUGAACUAAGAAGUCGGUUGAACAGAAUACAUUCAGAAUCUAUUAUUUGUGAUCAGGUUGUCAGUGUAAAUAUUAUUCCUAGCCCUGAUGAGGCUGGUGAACAAAUCCAUGUCAGUCUCCCCCUGUCGCAGCAGGUAGCCAACGAAAGCCGCCUGUCCAUGUCAGAGUCUGUCUCCGAGUUCUUUGAUGCCCAGGAGGUGCUGCUCUCUGCAAGUUCAUCAGAGAAUGAGGCUUCAGAUGAUGAGUCUUACAUCAGUGAUGUGAGUGAUAAUAUAUCUGAAGACAACACCAGUGUUGCAGACAACAUUUCUCGGCAAAUCUUGAAUGGGGAGCUUACAGGAGGGGCCUUCCGAAAUGGACGUCGAACAUGCCUGCCAGCUCCCUGUCCUGACACCAGUAACAUUAACCUGUGGAAUAUCUUGAGGAACAACAUUGGUAAAGACUUGUCUAAAGUCUCCAUGCCUGUGGAGCUGAAUGAGCCACUCAACACGCUGCAGCAUCUCUGUGAGGAGAUCGAAUACAGUGAGCUUCUGGACAAGGCUUCAGAAACUGAUGACCCCUAUGAGCGCAUGGUUCUUAUUGCUGCAUUUGCAGUUUCAGGAUAUUGCUCCACCUAUUUCAGAGCAGGAAGUAAGCCAUUCAACCCUGUCCUCGGGGAGACUUACGAAUGCAUUAGAGAGGACAAGGGAUUCCGAUUUUUCUCAGAACAGGUUAGCCACCAUCCACCCAUUUCUGCCUGUCACUGUGAAUCCAAGAAUUUUGUGUUUUGGCAAGAUAUCAGAUGGAAAAACAAGUUCUGGGGGAAGUCGAUGGAAAUUCUGCCUGUUGGAACACUGAACGUCAUGCUUCCCAGGUAUGGAGAUUGCUAUGUAUGGAAUAAAGUCACCACAUGUAUACAUAAUAUUCUCAGUGGGAGGAGGUGGAUAGAGCAUUAUGGAGAAGUAACCAUUAGAAAUACCAAAAGCAGUGUUUGCAUUUGCAAACUCACAUUUGUUAAGGUGAAUUAUUGGAAUUCUAAUGUGAAUGAAGUCCAGGGGGUUGUAAUGGAUCAGGAGGGGAAGGUGGUGCACCGGCUAUUUGGGAAGUGGCAUGAAGGGCUCUUCUGUGGCGUGGCCCCUUCUGCCAAGUGCAUCUGGAGACCAGGUUCCAUGCCAACCAACUAUGAACUCUACUAUGGUUUCACAAGGUUUGCUAUUGAGCUCAAUGAGUUAGAUCCUGUGCUGAAAGAUCUCCUUCCACCAACAGACGCCCGAUUCCGGCCAGAUCAGAGGUUUUUGGAAGAAGGAAAUUUAGAAGCUGCAGCAGCAGAGAAGCAAAGAGUAGAGGAGCUGCAGAGAUCACGCAGGCGCUACAUGGAAGAAAACAACCUUGAACAUAUACCAAAAUUUUUUAAAAAAGUUAUUGAUGCCAAUCAAAGAGAAGCCUGGGUUUCUAAUGAUACCUACUGGGAGCUGCGAAAGGACCCUGGGUUUAGCAAAGUAGACAGUCCUGUUCUUUGGUAAACUGGGAAUGUAGAGCUAGCCAACAUAUCACGCUCUGAAUGAAUAAAUAACUAUGCACAAUUAUGUUUCCUAGAGCUCCGCGUGGUUUCUGGGUCGACUGAAAACCGACCAUUUGCUUUUCUAUUCAUCUUUAUAAUGGACUUUCAGAAGUGCAUUAGACAAGGCCCCUAACCACUUUUGGAUCCUUUCUGUUUUGCUGCAACCAUAUCCCUUAAAAAACAUCCACGCCCUCCUUGAAAAGCAGAAAAAAGGAGCAGAAUAUAAAAUCCAAAGUCUGAAGUGUCUGUGAAGAAAACAAACUGUAACUGGUGCUUAAAGCUGAUCCAGAGAGUUAAAAGCAACGUGACGUCUAAACCACGCGUUUGGUCCUUUGUCUGGAAGCACCAUCCCGUCCUCAGAGAAGCUCCCGGGCCAUGGCAGCUGGUCAGCUCAGACUUCGAGUGUGUCUAUUUGAUGUGGUGUACUUGUGCUGACCUUGUCAAAAAAGAUGUGAUACUUCUCAGAACCUGUUCCAUCUGUACGCCAUUGUUCAUGCCUUAAGAAAUGCAAAGAUGUACAAUAAAUCAUUUUUUAAAUGUGUGCUCCUAGGUUUAUGUGAAGGACAGCUCUUUUGAAUCAUGGCAUGAUUCACUUUCUGGGAUCAGAACAAUUAGGAGACUAACACGUGGAUUUUUGCAAAGUAAACGACACAUGCUUUACUUUGAUCUGUCGGCUACUGUAUCAUAUAUCCGAAGGGCAAGAAGGAAAAGGUGUGCUCAGUAGAUCUCUGUAUUCACAUUGCUCGUCAAGUUCCUGUCCUGCCACCCGAUAAUAAACCCUCUUCGACCUAACCUCACAGUGUGCCCUGUUAUUUGGCAAUAUCUGUAUUUGAUUUGAACACUUGGCAUCAGUGUUAAAACCCUAGAAGGAAAUAACAAAAAGCAUGUGGAAUUUUGUGUGGGCUUAGGAGUUACUGUAAACAUAAACUGUUUCUGAGUGGAGCACAAUGUAACCCCCAUGUCGGGCUUGUGCCCAGCCCAUUGGCACCGAGUGGAAACCUGCUGGGAACAGAAGCAAGAAUACUAGGGGCUUAGUUGCAUUGUUUCAAUGAGUUCUAUGCAAAAUCAUACUUUAUAUUUUCAUCCAGUGAUUCUGUGUAAUACAUAAUGACAUAUUAGGCAUCUAUCUUGCCUUUGGCAGAGAUAGAAAACAAGCUCAAGAGUUUAUCCAUCCCAACAAGAGGGCGGGGGAGGGAUGAGGGAGGGGCAGAAAUUCGCUUUGCAUACUUCAGGAUUUGGGUUUUUUUCCAGUAUUUGGAGGCUUUUGUAAGAAACUUGCAUCAGUGUUCCUGAGUUUCUGCACGUAGAUGACUAUAUAAAUGCCUGUAUGUUUAAAAAAAAAAUCUCUUUAUAGAGAUCUUCCUAGAGAAUUAUAAAAUUACAUAUAUUUUAUUCUUAGAGUCUUACCAUCGGAUUUUAAGUGUUACUUUAAACUCUGAUAACAAGGUUAUUGACAUUUUACAUUUUGUUAUGAGGUAUUGAUUGUAGUGUUCUUUCUCCUCAGCAGAGCAUUCUCCAUAAUCCACUCUCAAACCAGAACUGCCACGGAGAGCAGAAGGAAACACUCUGGAGUCUCCACUAGGUGGAGCCGUGUUUUAGUUCUGAAAUCCCUCCUUCCAUCUGAGUGCCUGUAUCCUGUGUACCCUAUGGUUUUAAGUGAAAUUUCCUUCUCAAGGGCGCCUGGGUGGCUCAGCUGGUUAUGAGCCAGGUCAUACUUUGGCU